CUCGACCACCCUCCCACCUCGUCGUCUUCCGCGCCGCCCUCUCCCUCCUCCACCGCCUCCGCCUCCGCCUUCUCUCGUGCCGCCGAUCUCCAUCGCCGGCGUGCGGUGCACCGAGAUCCACCCGAGAUGUGGCGCGGCUGCGUCUCGCGUGGCCUCAGGAGCCUCUCCAAGGGCAAGGGCUCCUCCUCCUCCGCCCCCGUCUCCGCCGCCGCUAGGCUCUUCUCCACCGCCUCGUCGUCGUACACGGUGGUGGAUCACUCGUAUGACGCGGUCGUGGUGGGAGCCGGCGGCGCGGGGCUCCGUGCGGCGAUCGGGCUCUCCGAGCACGGGUUCAACACGGCUUGCAUCACCAAGCUCUUCCCCACGCGGUCGCACACCGUCGCGGCGCAGGGUGGCAUAAAUGCUGCUCUUGGAAACAUGACGGAAGAUGACUGGAGAUGGCAUAUGUAUGACACUGUCAAGGGUAGUGAUUGGCUUGGUGACCAGGAUUCUAUUCAGUAUAUGUGCAGAGAAGCACCAAAAGCAGUUAUAGAACUUGAAAACUAUGGGUUGCCAUUUUCAAGAACUGAAGAUGGAAAGAUAUACCAACGGGCCUUUGGAGGCCAGAGCUUAGAUUUUGGGAAAGGUGGGCAGGCCUAUCGAUGUGCAUGUGCUGCUGACAGAACAGGACAUGCUAUGUUACACACUCUGUAUGGUCAAGCAAUGAAGCAUAAUACUCAGUUCUUUGUAGAAUAUUUUGCGCUAGACCUUAUCAUGGACAGUGAAGGCACCUGUCAGGGGGUUAUUGCUUUGAACAUGGAGGAUGGCACUCUUCACCGUUUCCGUGCUACAAAUACAAUUCUGGCCACAGGAGGUUAUGGCAGAGCCUACUUCUCAGCAACCUCAGCUCACACAUGCACUGGAGAUGGCAACGCUAUGGUUGCACGUGCUGGUUUACCACUUCAGGACCUUGAGUUUGUGCAGUUCCAUCCUACAGGCAUUUAUGGUGCUGGAUGCCUUAUCACUGAAGGUUCCCGUGGUGAAGGUGGUAUCCUUAGGAACAGUGAAGGCGAGCGUUUCAUGGAACGAUAUGCUCCUACUGCAAAAGAUCUUGCUUCUCGAGAUGUUGUUUCAAGAUCUAUGACAAUGGAAAUCAGAGAAGGCCGUGGUGUUGGGCCAUUGAAGGACCACAUCUAUCUGCAUCUUAACCAUCUGCCUCCAGAAGUUCUUAAGGAGAGGCUUCCUGGUAUUUCUGAAACUGCUGCUAUUUUUGCUGGUGUUGAUGUCACCAAGGAGCCCAUUCCUGUCUUGCCUACUGUGCACUAUAAUAUGGGUGGGAUCCCAACAAAUUACCAUGGAGAGGUAGUGACUAUGAAGGGUGACAAUCCUGAUUCUGUUGUUCCUGGUUUGAUGGCUGCGGGAGAAGCAGCAUGUGCAUCUGUUCAUGGUGCAAAUCGUCUGGGUGCAAAUUCACUUCUUGACAUAGUUGUUUUUGGCAGAGCUUGUGCAAACAGGGUAGCUGAAACCGCUAAGCCAGGUGAGAAGCAGAAACCUCUUCAAAAAAGUGCUGGAGAAAAGACCAUAGCCUGGUUAGACAAGCUGAGAAAUGCAAAUGGAUCAUUGCCAACUUCCAAGAUCCGUCUAAACAUGCAACGUGUUAUGCAAAAUAAUGCUGCUGUCUUCCGUACGCAAGAAACACUCGAGGAAGGUUGCAAAUUGAUUACCAAGGCAUGGGAAAGUUAUCAUGAUGUGAAGAUCAGUGACCGGAGUCUCAUAUGGAAUUCAGAUUUGAUAGAGACCAUUGAGUUGGAAAAUCUCUUGAUAAAUGCAUGCAUAACCAUGCACUCAGCAGAGGCUCGGAAGGAAAGCAGAGGAGCUCAUGCUCGUGAAGAUUUCACGAAAAGAGAUGAUGAGCAAUGGAUGAAGCACUCGCUGGGGUACUGGGAGAAUGAGAAGGUUCGCUUGGCAUACAGGCCAGUCCACAUGAACACAUUGGACAGUGAAGUUGAGUCGUUCCCACCCAAGGCGCGUGUUUAUUAGUUCGGGAUUCACGCAGCGCCGUAAUUCUGUGUGGUGUUAAUAAUUCAGGGGCUGGGCAUUCCUAGCUGAAAGUGCGACCUGAAUUCCAUCCUCCUUUUUCCCUCGGUAUUUUGUGUAAUUUGCUAGAAAAAUAAAGGACAAACUCAUGCUAAUGCUAGUGCCUAACUGGUCCCUUCUGGGCAACUUGUAUAAAUGAAAUUUUGUACUGCUUGCCAAUGAUCUUCGCCUCAUGCAAGUACAAUGUGGUCAUGGA